CUCCUCCAAGAUCUCCAGCGAUGCAGAUGCAGCUCACCUUGCUCCUAUCACGGUCUUCUUGUUUCGGCAUUCGUCGGUAUUGUCAAACUCAAUACAUUCGUUUAUCCAGAUCCUGAUUCGUACCGCGUUUGCGUGGCUUUUAGCGCCAUCUUCAGUAUCUCUUCUCUCUUUCCCGACGGUUAGUUAACCUACCGACGUAAUAGUUAUGGCCGCUCUUUGGGGGAAUGGCGGCCAGGCGGGCCAAUUUCCGCUCGAGCAAUGGUUCUAUGAGAUGCCGCCGGUUACUCGAUGGUGGACUGCGGCUACAGUAUUCACAUCGAUACUGGUUCACUGUCAUAUCGUGACACCUUUCCAGCUGUUUUAUAGCUUCCGCGCUGUUUACUUUAAGUCGCAGUACUGGCGUGUUGUUACGACGUUUCUCUAUUUCGGGCCACUCAACCUGGAUUUACUCUUCCACGUCUUCUUCCUUCAACGAUACUCGCGCCUUCUUGAAGAGUCGUCUGGUCGAUCCCCCGCUGAUUUCUCGUGGCUGCUGGUCUACUCCAUGGCGUCCCUCAUACUCCUUUCUCCCUUCCUCUCUCUCCCGUUCCUGGGCACUGCACUUUCAUCCAGCCUGGUUUAUAUCUGGAGCCGUCGCAAUCCCGAAACUCGUCUCAGCUUCCUAGGAAUUCUGGUCUUUACCGCGCCGUAUCUUCCGUGGGUGUUGAUGGCAUUCAGUCUUGUCGUUCACGGUAUUGUGCCUAAGGAUGAAAUCUGCGGUGUCGUGGUCGGCCACAUCUGGUACUUCUUCAGUGACGUCUAUCCAUCUCUCCAUGGCGGGCAUCGGCCUCUAGAUCCUCCAGCUUGGUGGAGACGAUUAUUCGAGCCGCCUCAAAGAACUGCUGUGGCGGGUGCGACGGAUACUGCCUCUAUUAAUCCUGCUUUCGCCGCUGCUGCAGCUCCCGAAGUUCGGUGAACAGAGCUACUUUCAUGUGGUUGUGGCCAUUGUUUUGGCUUAAAUCGGCCGAGCAAUUGGGCUGCAGUCAUAAUUAAGUUUCAUUGUGCUCGUCAAAGAUGCGGACAUAGAGGUGAACCCGAAGCCCACGUCAGUCUACAGGCGUCUGCCUAUAGUGAUUCCCAAAUUUAGAUCAUCGAACCGUUUCCGAACAUGUCGGACUUGCUAAGCCGCUUGCUUCACAAGCCGGCCAGAAUCCCUUCCGGACUUCCGUGAGGUGAAAUCGGGCCGGAUACGCUUGGUGGAGAACAACGUCAUUUAAGAUCCGGAGCCCUUUCAGCUCCGCGAACUUGGACGUCUUAAGGGUCUGCUAGAGUAUGAUAAUGCACGCUAAAACGAAUGGAGAUGAUGUGGAAUUGAGAAAAAAAGAAUGUCUGCGGCGACGCCGCUUUUCGAAGAGCGAAUGGUUACGGGAAACGAGUCAGUUGAAAGACCCAUUUCUUCUAGAGCGAUAUAGGCAUUGUAUUGCAAAAGCAAGACACCAUGACGUGUGGCUGGUAGCGUCUAUUGGAUAUGAUCAUAGAUUUCCGAUAUCCAGCAAUAUCAUGAAAUAGAUCAUCUAGGAAUAGAUAUCACAUGUUGUCCUAUGUUCGGAGGACUUGUGUUUUCUUUCAAUACUGUCACGAGUGUUGAGAUUAUAUUCCUUCCAUAAGCUCAAUCCAUAACCACCGUUGGUUUCCGGCGCAGGCUGCACAGAGUAUUUUGCUUCAACACAGAUGUCCAACCAACCUGUAGUCUCUAUAUACAGUUUAUAUAACUCCUAGCCUUGGCCGAGUCUUUGCAAAGAACGGAG